AUGGAAGCGAAGGCAUCCGAACUCCUGGCGGCCUUUAAGAACCCCAACCUAUCCGUAGAUGCAAAGGUCGCCUAUCUAUCAAGCGUCAAGUCCGAUAUCAAACAAAAGAAUGUCCCAGAGGGAGCGAUCCGCUCGAUUUUCGAAACAUUACGACUAGCCAUCAGCUCCCAACACUAUUCCGUCCUCGGCGCAGGAUUCUCUACCCUCGGUCACCUCCUCAAGCGCCUUAUCAUUCAAGAACAGCAGCAAUGGAUCGUCAACCAAGCCCAAAACCUCUAUCCCAUCCUCUUGGAUCGCCUGAACGACCAAAAAGAGCGCACAAGAGCCCAGGCUGCCUCUAUAUUCACUGAACUUUGGCCUCUUUCUGGGAGUGAGGUGGAGUAUUACGUCCUCGAUGUUGCGCUGGUAGGGAAGAACCAUAGAUCCAAAGAAAUGAGCAUGCUUUGGUUGGCGAAUAUGACGAAAAACCAUGGAUUGUUGUUCCGCCAAUAUGUUCCGUCACUGGUCGCAUGUCUAGAGGACGCCGACAGCGCCGUUCGAGACACGGCCAAGUUGGUCGUCAUUGAACUGUUCCGCACCGGGCCCGCAAGAGCAAAGUCUGAUCUACAGCGACAAAUGGCGAACCGUGGAGUGAGAAAGUCAAUCGCGAAUGCUGUUCUCUCGGGAAUUGGGGUGGGGUCUGUUGAGCCUGAGACUGCGACCUCUACACGACCAAUUUCUCGAGCCGAACGCCCGAUCUCAGUCAUGUCUUCGCGUUCUCAUGCUAUGGAACACCACGAUGAAGACCACGAACCUGUUAAGAGUCGCCCAGCUUCAAGAGCUCACCGCGAACGACCAAUGGCUUCUUCCGCGCCUGCAGAACCUCCGGUUAUUCAUCGUCCCCAAACACCAGCGGCCGAGAGACAUGUGCCUCAGCCACCACCUGAGGACGAUGAUGGCCUGGAACCAUACGAUGUUGCCUCUGCCCGGGACAUCGAUGACCUGGUACGCGACAUGUUGCCGUGGUUUGACGGCAAAGAGUCUGAGGACAACUGGUCGAAACGUGAAAAGAAUGUGAUCCUCUUCCGCAGAGUGACUCGGGGUAAUGCGCCACACGACUUUUCGCAGACUUAUCUUGCCGCUACCAAAACCCUCCUCGAUGGCAUCUUUAAAGUUGUCAAUUCUCUUAGAACUACCAUGUCUACGAACGGAAGUUUAUUGAUUCAGGACAUUGCGCGAACUUGUGGCCCUAAAAUCGACCCAAUGGUUGAAAUCAUUAUGCAGAACCUGAUGAAGCUUUGCUCGGGUCUGAAGAAAAUUGCUGCCCAGAACGGCAAUGCCACGGUUGAUGCAGUCAUCGGCAAUGUUUCAUUUAGCAUUCGCCUCUUGCAGCAUGUUGCUUUUGCGGCCCAGGACAAGAACGUCGGCGUUCGCCUCUUUGCCGCGGGGUGGUUAAAAACUCUCAUAAUUCGACAAGCUCGUCACAAGAGUACGGUUGAACAUGGCGGUGGUCUUGAGCUCGUUGAAAAGUCCAUUCUUAAAGGGCUUGGUGAUGCUAAUCCUGGCGUACGUGAGUCAUCUCGCGGUACAUUCUGGACAUUUUACGGUGUGUGGCCUGAGAGAGCCAAUUCUAUAGCAGACACGCUUGAUCCAAAAUCGCGCAACCUGCUGGAGAAGGAUUCAUCAAACCCCAAUGCCGUGCUGAACAGCUCAUCUGCACUACCUGCUAAGAGUCCCGCAAAGAGCCGAUCUGCUUUACAAGAAGCCAUUGCUGCUCGGAAGAAGGCCCAUAUGCCUUCACGUCCUGAAUCGGCUCAACCGGCCUUUUCCGAAGCCAGGACCCCUGCUGCUGCGCCCAAGGCUACUCGGACUGUCCCGACCGGUGCACCCCUCUCAUCUCUCUCAUCUGCGCCCAUGAGACCUGGUAUGAAGCCCAGGCGAGCCGAACUGAGCCGUCCUGCGACUGCGGACCCAUAUGCUCGCCGCCCAGAAUCACGUACUCAGACCACGCGGGAAGGAACUACUUCUCCACGGGCUGUGAGAUCGAAAACAUCAACGCCCACAUCAAGACCCCCUCCAGCCCCCCGCAACCGACUCAACGAGUCCACGCAGGCAGCCACUACAAAGGGGAGACCCAAGAAACUUGACUUGUCCAAGUCGAAGUCGCACAGCGAUCUUGCGGCAGCAAACCGUGCCCGCAGUGAUUCCGCUGAGAGUCACACAAACUACCCACCAGCGAGGACUCCUCGUUAUGGAAAUACCCUGAGCCCAACGGCGAACCGCCAUUCCCCGGCACCUGUAGCAUUAGAAAGCCCCCCUCUUGCUGCCUCGCAGCCUAUGUUGCAAUCAGCGCCUGAUGGUCCUCACGCCGAUUCAGUUCCGCUUGAAGAGUCUGAGCCGGAACCGAUGGUUCUAGAGGGAUCGCCACAAGAGCCAUUGGAAGAGCCGGUCUCUGCCACCUCUCCAAUGCAGGUUCAUCAUGAACCAGCUGUCACUACGCCUCACUCGCCCGAACACUCAGGUAUGAUCCCUAUUCCUGCCCCGGUGUCUGUUGCCAAAAACCAACCAGAGUCAAUGGUCAUCUAUGAAGAUCCUGCCACACCCACCGCAGUUGAACAUGAAGACCAUGAUUUUGCGGCCUCAGUUGGGAUGGUCACUCCAAAGACCGUGACUCCAAAGACCCCUUCAAAGACUCCAUCAAAAAUCCCCUCCAAGACCCCCUCCAAGAUUCCUGCAAAGUCACCUUCCAAAUCCCCCUUCAAGUCUCCUGUCCGCUUUGAGGGAAUCGACCAGGAUGAAGCAGAACCAGAGGUCAUCUCCGAAGAAAUCUCGACCCCUGCUCUUGCCUCUGGUAGGAAGCAGAUUCCGGAUUUGACCCCCAGCCAAGAAGCUUUCAUGAGUCACGGAGUGCGCACUCCAUCUCCUACACGCAGAACGCCACUUCCACCCAGCGCGUCCCCCACCCGAGGUCGCACUCCGCAGACAGCCUCAAACAUCCUUCCGGAUAUGGACGUCACAAUGCCUCACGAGCCUGCCGUGGACCAUGCGCGCAGCGAAAACAACAACGAGAACGCAACUCCACAUUUGACCAAAACGAUGGACUUCACUCCAAUCCCACGAUCUGCGGCCAAACCUACUGCACUUGAGGAAGUCACAGCCAAUGAAAACAUGCGGCGCUCCCCCGAAUCGAGGAACCGCCUGUCUGAAUCAUUGUCUCAGUCAACAUUAUCUCAGUCAUCCUUGUCCCAGUCGACAAUCUCCGAGGACUCAUCCCGACGCACUCGGAAAUGGGUUGACCGUCACCGCAGUCCAAGUCCCCGUUCAAAGGACCCUGUCAACGCACAGGAAAUGAUCCACAAAGGUCUCGCCCGGAUCCAGUCCAAGACUAUGGAGCCGUCCGGAUACCGCAAAUUGCAAGGAUUGUUCCAAUAUCACGGUGAAGACAUUGUAGCUCAGAGCCAGGACUACAGUGCCAUGCUAGAGGCCCUACUCACUGAGCUCGAAGCGGCCCCCCAAAACCGUAAGGACCACGAUGUUAAAACCCAGGUCCUGGCCACCAUUCGUUCCAUGCUCCUCCGCACGCGCGAACAUUUCUCCCCCUACGACGCCCGCGCCAUGGCAACUAUUAUCCGGGCUCGCCAGCACUACGAAUCUUCUUCACACUUUGUUGUUGGUCUAGAGGAGGCAGUCGAUAAACUUGUGUUCUUGACCACGGCUCAGACCGCUAUUUCAGGUGUUCUCCAAGCGUUGGAAAUUGAAGAGGAGCAAGAAACUGAUGAGACUUACCGGUCCACCAUUAUGGGAUUGAGCACUAUUCAGCAAGCGCUCGCCCGUCCUGGUACCGAGAUCUCCGACGAACUCCUCGCGAGUAUUGGCGCGAUUGUCAUGCAAAAACUCGGACACCCACGUCCUGGUGUUCGGAAGAACGCGACUGAACUUUGCACUUUCUUGAACAUUACCUUUGGGUCAGAGCGUGUACAAAAGGUUACUCAACCGCCUCGCGAGGGAUCUCUUAACCUGCUCACUUACUUCAUGGCCCGUCGGACGCAGUGA